CAACCUCAACCUCUCAUCUCACGAACUACUUUACACUCAUCAAGAACCACGACCAACCCACAAUAUUAAUUCUACUUCCCAACUCCUCAAACUCAACAAUUGCGCUUUUCUCUCCUCCUAAAAAAAAUCUGAACUCGGCUCACAAAACACCAACAUGGCAGACACAACAAUGACAACAGACGCCCCAAACGAACCCUUCACCCUCCAAGAACGAAUCCAACAACUCUGCGAAAUCGACACCCAAAUAGUCUCCCUAAUGUCCCACACCUCAUCCGCCCUCUCCGCCCUCGGCGCACCCCCAAAGCCCUCACCAUCAUCAGACCCCUCAAACCCAUCUUCCGCUCCCCUCCAACCACCAUCAUCCUCCGCCUCACAAACCCAAACCUUCAAAACCUCAAUGGACGCCCUCCUCUCCACCCUGCACACAGUAGACGUCCACAUGAAGCGCCAAAUCCUCGCCCUCGAAGAAGCGUCCAUCAUCAAGCUCCGCAACGACGCGGAUCCCAAAACCCGCCAACCCGUCAUGAACGAGGACGCCAAGAUCGUCGCGCGUCCCUCCCUCGAGCCCAACGGCGUCGGCACCAUUGGUAACCUCGACGUCGGGUGGCUCAACAGCCGCAACAACAAGGUCGAGCGCGACAUGGAGGCCGAGUUGUGGGCCAAGAUGAGGGAGCUGCUCGAGAAGUAUCACGCCAAGGAGGUGGCCGAAGGAGCUGGUGGUGGUGGUAUCAAGGAUGAGAGGAUGCAGGAGUGAUGGAAAAGCUGGCGGUUUGGUGGAAGGAAGGCUGGGAAAGGACUGGAUGGCACGGUGCUGGGAGUCUCGUUUACUUCGUACCAAAGUGGUAUGAGAACCAGAAAAAGAGCCUUGAAAUUAGGCGUGCUCUCUCCAGCAUACUUGCUCGCGAGACCAG